AUUGGAUUUCUUGGAGAUUCGGCACUUUUAUUUCUGACCUCUUCGGGUCUGGGACGAUGAGAUGUACGAAUGGUUUUCUCGUCGUGACAGCCCGUUGUUUUGUUGGCUUCUUGAGAUUGGGAACGAACGACUACACAAUGGCUAUUAUAUUUUUCGUUGAUUUUUGGUUUUGAUGCGCGAUGGACGUGAUGAAGUGAAGCUACGCAACACUUCCACUAUUUUCGGGGAAAAUGGCUGCCUCAUCUAUGAUUUCUUCUACCCUUGCUUCUUCCAUUUCAACAACGUUGCAGUCCGGAGCUAAGGCAGAAGGACGCAAUGCUAACUCACAGUCUAUGGUUGCUUUCAGCAACCAGGGCAGGAGCGUCAACAUGCAAACCAAGGGAUCCUUUUUCUCUUCAACUGAGCUCCUGAGCAGCGGUACUCCCUCAAGGAAGCAGCAAUUGAGUGGCCCAAUCCGUGCCACCGCGACACAGACCCCCACCAUUUCUAAGAAAUCCGGAUCCAAGGAAAAGGCCAAAAUUGGAAUCAACGGUUUCGGAAGGAUUGGAAGACUUGUUUUGCGAAUUGCUCUGUCUAGGGAUGAUGUCGAAGUUGUCGCAGUCAACGACCCCUUCCUCACAGCUGACUACGUUAGAUAUUUGUUCAAAUACGACUCCACGCACGGCGUUUACCCCGGCGAAGUCGAGGUUAUUGACGAGAACACUCUGUCCGUUGAUGGUCACAAGAUCAAGUUUUUCGGAUCCAAGACUCCAGCUGACAUUCCAUGGGGCGACUCGGGUGUUGACUACGUUGUCGAGUCAACUGGUGUAUUCACCAACAUCGCCAAAGCCUCUGCCCAUUUGCAGGGUGGCGCGAAGAAGGUUAUCAUCUCCGCUCCAUCAGAAGAUGCACCCAUGUACGUGAUGGGUGUUAACGAGGAGAAGUACUCAGCAGACCAGAACAUCGUAUCCAAUGCCAGCUGCACCACCAACUGCCUUGCUCCUCUUGCGAAGAUUGUACACCAAGAGUUCGGCAUCGUGCAGGGUCUCAUGACUACCGUCCACGCCACCACCGCUACCCAGAAAACCGUGGAUGGUCCGUCUGGAAAGGAUUGGCGCGGAGGAAGAGGUGCUGGUCAGAACAUUAUCCCCAGCUCAACUGGUGCUGCCAAGGCUGUGGGCAAAGUGCUGCCCGAGCUUAACGGCAAGUUGACAGGAAUGGCUUUCCGAGUACCCACCCCUAACGUGUCCGUAGUUGACUUGACCUGCCGAUUGGAGAAGAAGGCUAGCUACGACGAUAUCAAGAAAGUCAUUAAGGCUGCAUCGGAAUCCUCUAUGAAGGGUAUUCUUGGUUACACUGAGGAUGCUGUCGUCUCAAGCGACUUCAUCGGCGAUGCCAGGUCAAGCAUCUUCGAUGCCCAUGCCGGUAUUGGUCUUGGCGAUGGAUUCAUGAAGUUGGUUUCCUGGUACGACAACGAGUGGGGAUACAGUAACAGAGUGGUCGACCUUAUCGAGCACAUCGCAGCAGUUGUGGCGGCUAAGAAGAACUAAGUCGAAAGCCAACGGAAUUUACUUCUUGCACUGGUUCAGUAUUCAAUGAACGAUUACAACCACCAACUAUCAGGCUUUACGUGUAUCCUACAUACGCCAGUACACAGUUGCGGUAAAAUACUGUCCUCUGUGCCUUCGAAAAGCGGCCUGUCUGGUAGGCCGAGGUUAGCCAGAUUAUGCGACUGCAUUGCCAACCUCUCUACUCCUUUCAUAUGAGGCACUUGUAGUUACUAAUAUCAUCCCUAGACCGAGCUUCUACACAGCUUUGGUAAAACAGAAUCGAGAUACUGUUUUUCUCACAAGGCUCCGGCGAACCAAAAUAUGGCCCUUUACGGGUGAGACAGUGAGAGGUGAAGGUAGGAUUGGAGAAUACCCCCUGAGAAGCAUUUGCAAUAGCAAAAUGUGGAUUUUUGGACUUGAUGUGAGCUAGUCACAUGAGUUGCUGUGGAAUAAUUAUGCUCUAAUAAAGCAACGUUAAACAUUGGUCAUCAUGGUCGAUGAUAAUGAUUUAUGUGAGUAAGAGUGUUUGUGCUUUAUCAACAUCGAUAUAUUUCAAUUG